GUUAAUGGUUUUUAUGCAUUGGCAAAGAUUUUCUGUUUAUACUUGCCAACGCACGUUUGAUUAUCCUGUCAGUCAUUACACAAUCAUCACAUAUACUUUGUCGAGAUAACAGGCCCAAGUUUUGGAACUUCUUCCGUUGCCAUCCGUCAGUGUUGGAGAAUUCGUCCGAACCGCCAGCAAAGAAACUCAACUUCAAAAUGGAUUACGAGCAGCUCAAGACGAAAUUGAAAUCGUUCGGCCAGGAGCACCUGCUCGAGUGGUGGAGCUCGCUCCCAGAAAGUGAACAAAAGGAACUCUAUGCCGAUCUCUGUGAUAUCAACUUCGCACAGGUGGAUCGCUAUUUCAAGCGAUGUAACAACCAGUUGAAUACGACGCAGAAGGUUGAUGAAAAUAUCGAACCCGUCCCGAAGAAUUUGUGCGGAAGUAUUUCGCGGACGGAGAAGGAGACACUCGAGGCCUAUGAGAAUGAAGGUUUCCGCUUGAUAUCGGAGGGGAAAGUUGCAGUCCUUCUCUUAGCUGGUGGUCAAGGGACUCGACUUGGCGUACCCUAUCCAAAGGGGAUGUACGACGUCGGUCUGCCGUCAGGGAAAACUCUGUACCACUUGCAGGCCGAGAGGAUCUGCAGGAUGCAGACAAUGGCUAAGGAAAAGAUGGGAAAGGCGGGGAUAAUUCCAUGGUACAUCAUGACCAGUGAAAAAACUAAAGAACCAACUCAUGAUUAUUUUGCCAACCACGAUUACUUCGGAUUGUCCAAGGAUAACAUGGUCUUAUUUGAACAGUUCCAGCUGCCAUGUCUGACCUUUGAUGGGAAAAUCAUUCUCGACCAGCCGCACAAAGUGGCAAGGGCACCAGAUGGUAACGGUGGGUUAUAUCGCGCAUUAGGGGACUGUGGCAUAAUAGACGACAUGGAAUCCCGGGGCAUCGAGCAUAUAAAUGUCUACUGUGUAGACAACAUAUUGGUGAAAAUGGCUGAUCCGGUGUUUACCGGGUUUUGUCAUUCCAUUGGAGCAGACUGUGGCGCUAAGGUUGCAGAAAAAGCCUUCCCUACCGAGCCUGUCGGGGUGGUAUGUCGAGUAGACGGUUUAUACAAGGUGGUCGAAUACAGCGAGAUCUCAUUGGAGACGGCCGAGCGGAGAAACCCAGACGGCCAACUGACCUUCAACGCGGGCAACAUUUGUAACCAUUAUUUUUCGAUUAAUUUCCUCAAGGAUAUGGUCUAUAAGUAUGAAGACAAGUUACAUCACCAUGUUGCCAAGAAGAAAAUUCCCUUCGUUGACAAGAACAUGUGUCAGCAGAAACCCACGCAGCCUAACGGAAUCAAGAUGGAAAAAUUUGUGUUUGAUGUCUUCCAGUUUUCAAAAAAAUUUGCCGUUUGGGAGGUGUUGAGAGAAGAUGAGUUUUCGCCUUUGAAGAACGCCGACGGCGCCGAUAAGGACACGCCAACUACUGCUCGGUUAUCCGUGUCGAACUUACACCGGAGAUUCGUCCUGCGAGCUGGAGGGAAGUUCAUACGCGAUGAUGGCACUGUGAUUCCUGACAUUCCAAGCUAUGUGAAAGGAGGUCUUCCGCCUAAUUACACUCACAGCCAAAGAACGGGUGAACCCGGUGAUGAUCCAAUUGUUUGUGAGAUCUCACCGUUAAUCAGCUUUGCAGGAGAGAACCUCGAGCAUAUCGUCGCCAAGAAAGAAUUCAUUCCACCACUGGAGAUCACGACGAACAAGAAGGGAGGAUUUGUAAUCAGGAGCGGGCAGCUGUGUUAGGUUCAGGAAGACUUUUGUGUGAAACGGGACGGACAUUUUGAAGAGCUCAGGUCUGGAUGCGGAGCGUCUGAUGUCAGCAAAGUUGGAGCUGCACUCAACUCAAUGCACACCUCGGCCCUAAGAUUGGGAAAUGCUAGCUAUUUUAUGAUGAAUCUUUUCCUAAGCCAAGUUGGGAUCCAGGUUGCCGGGUCAAUACCGGAUGCGGGCCAGGGGUACGGAACACUUCAGAAACCCUACGGUGGCGAAAGGGUUAAAGGCUUGCACCGCUUGCUCAAAUUUAACAUUAGAAAUUGAUUCCGCGAUUUUUCAAUGUUGUAAAUACAGCAGAACCUCUCUAUUAAGGACACCCUCAGGACUGACAAGUGAUGUCCUUAUUUGAGAGGUGUCCUGAUAAGAGAGGUCAAAUUGAAUGGAAACCACCAGUAUGGGACCAAAACUAGUGUCCUAAAUAGAGAGGGUGUCCGUAAUAGAGAGGUGUCCGCUAAGAGAGGGUCCAAUGUGAUUGCUGUUGAGUACUCUUUAAAGGUAAUACUCUGUAGGUAAAUAGUUCAGAGUGCAAGAAUUGCGUUUGAGAAAGUUUUCUGAUUCAUCUGAGGAAGCUUGUAACAUUGGUGAUUUGAUGUGGGUGGGGAUGAUAUACUGAUGUGUUUUUUAUUUGGCCUUAUAGAGCAAGUAAUGCUGGUGAAACAAAGACAAUUAGCAACAAACUUUAUUAUUUUAUUGUUUGCGGUAUCACUGCUUAAUUAUAUAUCACUAACAAUUGUACUACUUACAAAAAAAUUUGGUGUGUGGGCACACAUUUUGGAACUCACUUAAGAUGUCAUUGCACAUCAUCAAAGAAAUUGAUAUACUCAGAUUUCACAAAAAAGCAGACAAUAGUGAAAUGAACAACCAGUCUGUCUCAACAUGUCAAGCUCGGAGCGACAUGCGACUCAUUUUGCCAUGGCGGGUCACAAAUAUGCAAACAGACGAGCUCGUACUGUGAGAAACCUUGUUUUUGUUAAAGGGGAACACACUCACUGUGGCAACAUGACGUGUUUGUUUACGUCAGUUGUGGAAAGACACAUCUCCACUCUCUGCGCUUUUGGGCAGCUGUGCUCAGUACAUUCCUCCCUACACCUGCUGACUCCGCAUCUCUUAAAGGGGAACUAUAGACAGGAAUUUGGUGUCAAAUUGGAGGUCUUCUGGUGACGAAUAUGCUGGGGGUAAUUGACAAUGACUGAUUCAGCAAUAAUUAUACAUCGUUUACUGUGCCAACGCUAUAUAGUCUGUUUAACGAUGCAUGUACAAAUUGCAUAUCUUACAUGUAAAAGGCCUAUGUGUAAUGCCGCUCAACCAGCUAAAAUGUCUCAACACAGUAUGUCCGUUAAGUUUACAAUCCCUGAUCACGUCCAAAAGGUCAUCAAUUGCGCCACAGUUCAAUUGAUUAAUAGUUGAGUGUGAUCAAACUACGUCAUUUCCAAUCAGAGUUUGUAAAUUUUAACAUAUUCCUCUUACUAACUUGAAUAGUUUGAUGUAUAGUGACUUAAUACAGUAGAACCUCUCUAUUAAGGACACCCUUUGGACUGACAAGUACUGUCCUUAAUAGAGAGGUGUCUGGAUUAGAGAGGUCAAAUUGAAUGGAAACAAUGAAUUUGGGACCAAGAGGUUGUCCCUAAUAGAGAGGGUGUCCUUAAUAGAGAGGGUGUCCCUCAUAGAUAGGUUGUCCUUAAUAGAGAGGUGUCCGGUAAGGACGGUUCCACUGUAUAAUGUAAUUGCUUCUCCCUCUGGGCUCCCUUCAAGUUGUCGAAAGAGUCGUACUUAAAUUUAAAUUGAACAAAAUAUAGUAUUGGUGGAGGCAAGGACGGUUCAUGUAUCAUUCUGGUGUGGGGAUAAAUGAUUGAGAUCAUUGAGAGUAUUAAAAACAUUGGCUUAAGGAAUUGAUAUCUCACUGUCGAUAUCUGUUGUCUCACCAAAACCGCAAGGGUGGAGCUAAAAUGUAGACCUACGCCGAGGUUUUAGCCAACAUCCCGAGUGGUUUUGUCGGGACGAUCAAUACCGACAGUAAGGUAUCAUGUUCUAUUCUAAAACAUCUCAAAUUGAACAACGAAUAAUGUGGUUUUAAAUGCUUUUUGACUCCUUCCAUAUUUUGCACCAACCCUUGCGGCUAUGGUUGCCUGACCCAAACCGCUGAACUCAAAAUGAGGUUUCGUUGGCACAUAGUUCAUUUAUGUACAACACUACACGUAGUUCGUUCUAAAUCCCGUUGUUGUAAAAUUGCGUUUAUAGACUCUGACUGUGUUUGUGUGCUCCCCUUACGGGCUAAUGUUACAGAAAAUCACGAAAGCAUAUUUUGGGCAAACAUUUGCAAUUGUCACAAAAAUUUCACAGUUUAGAGUAAUUUGGUAGAUAGUGUUUUAGAACUGCCUGAAUAUAUGACUUUUAGAGGGUCUUGAACUUAGCCAGCUUAUCCGUAGAAUUAUUUUGAAUUAUACAAUUUGUGUUCAGUCAGACACAAAUGAGCAUGAAUGAUACUACAAUACCAGGCUAUACUAGCCAUUAAAUUAUGCAACAAUGUGAUUAUUUGAUUAAAAACUAAUUUGAUUAGUUUUAGUUUUAGUUUUAGUGUUUGUAUGAAAUGUUUUAUUGAGAGAAAAGAUAUGAUGUGAGAAAAUCAGGUUUGCCAAUGACUCAUAAAGACUAGUCUUUCUUGAUUCUUGGUUCUAUUUAACUUUGUCUGAAGUUAUUUGCAGAAGUAGCGCAGAUUUGCUGUAAUGGAAAUCCAGGCUGCAUGGAUUUGUUUUUGUACUUGAGACCGGGCUGGUGCAACAUUGCUUGUAAAGUCACCUCAGGGCUUGAGUUAAAGGUUCUUGAUUUACUGAAAAAAACUACACCUCGGUCAUGCAUUUUUUUGAUGCGAUGCACAUUUUAGCUCCACCCGAGCGGUUUUGGUGAGACAAAUCAAUACUGACAGUAAGGUAACGAAUUCUAUUCUAAAACAUCUCAAAAAAGGUAACGAAUAAUGUGUUUUCAAAUGCUUUUUGUCUGUUUCCAUAUUUUGCACCAACCCAAGCGGUUUCGGUUGCCUAACCAUAACCGCUGAAUUCAAAACGAGGCUUUGUUGGCACAUAGUGCAUUUACACUGUAAACUGCGGUUCAUUGUAAAUCUAGAUGUUUUUGAAUAAUUAACUAAAUUGAGCCUUUUCUUGAUUGUCUCAAUCAUUAAUAUGUAUCUAUGCUAUGUGAUUUGGGUUGCUAGUUAUCUUCUGACUUAACAGCGUUAGCUUGUCAUUAUUUUGGAUAUGGUGCCAAAUAUAUAAUAAUAUCAGAACACCAAGAUAUUUAUUGA